UUCGGAAGGGAGUUUGACGGAGAUGUCGUGGUGGCUGGUUCUGUCUGCUGUAGGCGGAGUGGCACCUCCGGGCCGGGUCAGGCAAGGAUGAAGGCGCUGAUCUUGGUGGGGGGCUAUGGCACGCGGCUGCGGCCCCUGACCCUCAGCAUCCCUAAGCCCCUGGUGGAAUUUUGCAACAAGCCUAUCCUGCUGCACCAGGUGGAGGCUCUGGUGAAGGCAGGUGUGAACCAUGUGAUCCUUGCUGUCAGUUAUAUGUCAGAACUGCUGGAAAAGGAGAUGAAAGAACAAGAGCAAAGGCUGGGCAUUCACAUUUCCCUGUCGCAUGAGAAGGAACCACUGGGCACAGCUGGACCCCUGGCACUAGCGCGGGAGCUGUUGACCGAGAAUGCAGAGCCUUUUUUUGUGCUCAACAGUGAUGUGAUCUGCGAUUUCCCCUUCAAAGACAUGGUGCACUUCCACAGGCAUCAUGGAAAAGAGGGCACCAUUGUGGUGACCAAAGUGGAGGAGCCAUCCAAAUACGGCGUAGUGGUGUGUGAGUCAGAUACGGGGCGCAUACACCGCUUUGUGGAGAAACCCCAGGUCUUUGUUUCCAACAAGAUCAACGCUGGCAUGUACAUCUUAAACCCAAGUGUGCUAGAGCGGAUCAAGCUGCGGCCUACCUCGAUUGAGAAGGAGAUAUUCCCAGUGAUGGCAGAACAAGGACAACUCUAUGCCAUGGAACUGCAGGGGUUCUGGAUGGACAUUGGGCAGCCCAAAGACUUUCUGACCGGCAUGUGCAUGUAUCUGCAAUAUCUACGGCUGAAACAUCCCGAGCGGCUGCACUCAGGACCGGGUUUCAUGGGGAAUGUAUUAGUGGACCCAACUGCCAAGAUUGGAUCGAACUGCAGUAUUGGUCCCAAUGUAACCAUUGGGGCAGGAGUGGUGAUAGAGGACGGGGUUCGGAUCAAACGUUGCACUGUGCUGAAGGGGUCGCGGAUCCGCUCUCAUUCAUGGCUGGAGUCUUGCAUUGUUGGCUGGAGCUCCUCUGUAGGCCAGUGGGUACGGAUGGAGAAUGUGUCAGUGCUGGGAGAGGAUGUCAUUGUGAACGAUGAACUCUACCUCAAUGGUGCCAACGUACUGCCUCACAAAUCCAUUGCUGAGUCUGUACCGGAGCCACGCAUCAUCAUGUAGCGGUCCUGGGCCUUGAGUAUUGGACCUGCUGAGAGGGCCCUCCCUGUCUUACCCUCUUACAGGGGGAAUCCCCACCCUGUGCCUUGGGAGCGGGGGCUCCUUGCUGACUUUUAUGCUGAGAAAAUACUAACCUUCUGCUGGGAUCCUAGGAGUGUAGUGGGAGAAGGAGGUUUGUAAGCGGCUGGAGUGCUCCUCAGAAUCACCGCUUAGCAUAAGGCAUGAUGACCUGGGCCAGCUCCAGGGGUUGUCCUAUGCCGCAGGCCAUUGCCCUACUACUGGAAAGUAACCCUAAUGUGCAAAGAGGAAAAUGCUUUAUUGUGGUACAGAACGCUGUGGUUCUGCAGUAGGAGUUCAGCUGCUGCAAGAGAACAGUCCCAGGCAGGCCAGGUGGGGGGAAAGAACAGCAUGCUGUGCUUUUAUUUCCGGAUAAGAUGUGCUGCUCAUGUUGCACAAAGGGAAGACAGAAUACAGUCCUCUUCUUUGGAACUCUACUGCCUUACAGAGACUGAUCCCUCUCUCUUCCCUCCAUAUGGCCAAUAAUCACUAACUAUUACUAUUCAAGAACUCUGGGCAGGGCUCUGUCAAUUAAUGGGGAGGGGGAAUGAAAUUAUAUUGUCAUGAAGAAUGGGAGGUGUGGUGUGUCAUAUGUUUUCUUUAACUCCUCUUGGGGAACAACAAUGGCAGUUCUGUAUGGCAGCUCACUUUUACCGCUGCCUGCCCUGCAGCUAUUCCCAUCUUGUACUGCUGCUGUGCCAGCCUUUAGGACAGUGCUCCAUAAAAUGGGGAGAAGAAUACACAUAGCUCGCCGCCUUAAGGAAUAAUAAUUUAAUAAUAUUCCAUUGUAUGGAAGUUAACACCCCUUCCACUUUGGAGGGUGGUGGGGGAGAGAGACAAUCAUAGAUGCACAUAAGUUAAAAUUCCUUGCUUCAAGCACAAUGCUUGCUGCCCUCCCCGACACUUCUGGUUACAAGUCACACACAGUUAGUAAAUUAAAAAACAGCAACCAUCCUUGUCUGCUCCUGGAUAGUACAGGCAGCCUGGUCACACAGUGAAGGGCUGGUGCCAUGGGCACCUUCUGCUGGUGGAAGAGAGCAGUGCAAUCAGGUUCACCCCUGCAGUAGCCCAUAAAGAUCAACCUAGCUCGUACUUCUCCCUACCAGAACACAAUGCAUGGGAUGAACUCUGGCCCCUGCUGUAUCUGUUUUUCUUUUCUUGGAGAAGCUUGGGAGUCUAUUCAGACUCAUUCCUCUGGUUGUGGGCUUCAUCUCUGCGCUUCCGUUAGUAAUAGCGUAGUGUGCCUGCUGUUGCAUUCACUAAGCUCCCCAGACCAAAAACUGGGCCUUGUGUCUUUGCUAUGCGUAUCUAGCAAUCCCUACCUGCAAAGGAAAGGAGCUAUAUGCACAAAGAGCAGAGGCUAAUGUUUAAGUGGACAGAUGGUACAAUCUUUCACUUACCAGCGCAUCUGAUUGCAGGUGGGAGAAUGGCUUGUCAAUAUCUCCCUCCAUCACCAAAGCCAAAUCAGGUGGCACAGCUGGGCGGGCUGCUGCACGAUAUGCCCACGUAAAUAUCUGAACCAACUCUGAGCAACACACACACUUGUCAAAACAGCUGCUAAGCGCUGCAGCAAAAAACACACUUGGCUAGUGGCCAGCUGGGCUCACAGGAGCGAUGUUGCCUGUGAGAUCAGCUUUUACCCCAUCGAGAAAAGCACCACACCAAAGGGGAUGUGUCCCAGCUACAGUACGAGACAGGCUUCCUGGGGCAAAUGCAGAAAAGGAGCUACAGAUUCAGGCUGAGGUAGAAAACCUGAGCAUGUUCAGCCCCCUUGUACAUGCCCCAUGGGAAAAGCCCAGUGCCUGCUGGCUUGGAGUCAAUGACAGCAACAGGAAGUGUACCUAAAUUCAGGGGGGUUGAAGGAUAUGAUGUGGCCGAGGGGAUGCAUAUGGCAGUGCCUGGCCUGCAAGAAGUGUUAUCAAUUAAAAAACACACAACUGAGCUCAGCUGUGCUGAACAGCAGCCGCCUUUGACAGAGGUGCUCUCGAAGCAAGGAGAGUCCAUCAUGUGGAGAAGCUGCCUGGGCAUGCGGCCCUGCCCUGCAGGGUCCAGGCACUAAGAGGUGGCUGGCUUCAUGUAAUCAUCCACACCCGUGAUGGUGGCUUUGCAGAAGAAGCAGUCCUUGUUGUUCAUCAGGUGCUGGUUGAUACAGGCUCUGGAAAGACAAGAACAGGAGGCCUUGGACAUUUGUUCACAGCUACAGGCCGAGCUUUGGCCCAACAAUAUGUAUUUAGUAAAGUCCCUUGCUGGGUAUAAAUGAGUGCAAGUGUGCUGUGCAUGCAAGAUAAUGCCCACUUUCCUCUUAAAAUCAAAUUCUACAGCAGCUCUGUAUAAAACAAAUUGCACAAAUUGGUUUUGGGGGCAUGUGCUAAUUAUGGUAAUGACUUAGAGAAAUGGGAGACACUGAAGUCUUCCCCUGCCCCCAACCAGUUUGAAUCCUGAUCAGCCUUCCCCAUGGCUUCUAAGAUAUAAUUAGAAAUGGCACACUUUAUCAACCAAACUUCGCAGCCCAAAAGGUUAAAAUGCUAGCUUUU